CGCGUCUAGGCCCCGCCCCAAUCGCGACGGCUGCGACGCUGCCGGGUUUCCCGGGCUGCGGCGGGCUAUGGCGGCGGUGCUGGACGCGCUGUGGGAGGACCGGGACGUGCGCUUCGACAUCUCCGCGCAGCAAAUGAAAAUGAGACCAGGAGAGGUCCUUAUUGACUGUUUGGAUUCUAUUGAAGAUACCAAAGGAAACAAUGGAGAUAGAGGCAGACUUCUAGUGACAAAUUUACGAAUUAUUUGGCAUUCAUUGGCUUUACCUAGAGUCAACCUCUCUGUUGGUUACAACUGCAUAAUAAAUAUAACUACAAGAACUGCUAACUCAAAAUUACGAGGCCAGACUGAAGCUCUUUAUAUAUUAACUAAAUGUAACAAUACACGAUUUGAGUUCAUAUUCACCAAUGUGGUUCCUGGGAGUCCCAGACUCUUCACUUCAGUCAUUGCCGUACACAGAGCUUAUGAAACUUCUAAAAUGUACCGUGAUCUUAAGCUAAGAAGUGCAUUGAUUCAAAACAAGCAGCUGAGAUUAUUACCUCAAGAACAAGUAUAUGACAAAAUCAAUGGAGUCUGGAAUUUAUCUAGUGAUCAGGGAAAUCUGGGGACAUUUUUUAUUACUAACGUGAGAAUAGUUUGGCAUGCAAAUAUGAAUGACAGCUUUAAUGUCAGUAUACCAUAUCUGCAAAUUCGUUCAAUAAAAAUUAGAGAUUCAAAGUUUGGCUUGGCACUGGUCUUGGAAAGCUCUCAGCAGAGUGGAGGUUACGUACUUGGUUUUAAAAUAGACCCCGUGGAGAAACUACAGGAAGCAGUAAAAGAAAUAAAUACACUGCACAGAGUUUACUCAGCUAACCCUAUAUUUGGAGUGGAUUAUGAAAUGGAAGAAAAGCCCCAGCCUCUUGAAGACCUGACAGUGGAACAGGUUCAGGAUGAUGUGGAAAUAGAAUCUGAUGAACAGACAGAUGCUUUUGUGGCUUACUUUGCUGAUGGUAACAAGCAACAAGAUCGGGAACCUGUAUUUUCAGAAGAAUUGGGACUUGCAAUAGAAAAAUUGAAGGAUGGUUUCACUCUGCAAGGACUCUGGGAAGUAAUGGGUUGAUUUCAAUAAAGCAUUGAAAACAUGUAUUAGUCAUUAUGUUCCCAGCAGAUGUUUAUCUUAUCAUAUUGAAACUAUUUUAGUAACAUCAAAUGUAUCAAAGAGAGGGAACAGUAAAUAUACUAUGUAGUCAGGUUUGUUUUUUUAAAGGAAUAGUAGAAACAGAUUAUAUGUUUGUAAUAUAAUUUUAUUUAUUGUUUUGUUUUCAUUUGUGCAGUUUUUGUUUCAUUUAAAUUAUUCACUUGUUUAUACAAAAUAAAUGUACUCAUCCAUAAUAUGUGCAUCCAAAUAAUAUUUCCGUAGGCUCUUUCAUCAUACGUUCUUAAUGUUAGUUAAGAGAAUAACAAGUGAGAGGUUUUAUUACUGAGUGUAAAAUACUGUAUUGAGAUGGAAUAGUUGCAUCAUUUUCAUAGUAUACUGAUAACAUUUUGACAAAAUACUAAUAUUAUUGCACGUAUCUGUUAGCUUUCAUAUCAUAGAACUUAAUAGAGUAUGUACCAGACAUCAUGCCUGGUACAUGUUCUUAUCUAAAUAUUCCAAGACAGGGUUUGUUCGUUCGUUUUUUGUCAAAAUACUGAUAUGUUUAUUGGCUUUUGUUUUUAAGCAGGAUAAUCUGGAAAGAAUCAUGUACUACAUUGCUUUUGCAUCUGACACAUCAGACAUUUAAACUGUUAUGUAUUCCAUGCAGAGAAAUGAGUCAUUUAUUGUUUAAAAGGGAGAUGCAGCUGUUAUGUUUUCUAGUGAGAUAAGACCUUAUGUACUAUUUUCUAAAAAUGGAAAAAGUCAAAUGAGCUAUCCUUUCAGCUGUUGUUUUAGCAGCUGACUGCACCAGUGACUUAACUGUGGUACGGAAAGGAAGAAAAGCCUGUUAAAUAUUGUAAAAAUGUUCCUAAGUAAUAUUGAAUUCAUUUAUUUUUAAAGAUUUUAAUAAGCUUUAAAAACAUUCUGUCAAGCAGCAAACACUGAAUUGUAAAGUAGUAUGCAAACUUGUACUAUACCAUUGGUGUUAAUUAGUGUUUUGCCAUUGAUUUCUAUGACAAGGUCACAAUCCCUUUGACAUAUAAAUUGUUCAACUUCUAUGUAACUAGGUUUAAUAAAGACCUAAGCAGUCCUUGUUUUAA